GAGUUUUCUGACGGCUAUAUGGAGCUACUGCGACGACGUUUCGGCACUAAGCGCGUCAAUGCAAAUAAAGUGUAUCAGGAGUAUAUUUCUGUAAAAGAUCAUAUACACAUGAAUGCCACACGUUGGCUUACGCUGUCAGAUUAUGUUAAAUGGUUGGGACGUACCGGUCAAGUAACAGCCGAUGAAACGGAAAAGGGUUGGUAUGUGACCUACAUCGAUAGGAGUCCAGAAGCAAUGGAGAGACAAGCAAAGGCGGAAAAGAAAGAGAAAAUGGAGAAGGAUGAUGAGGAACGUAUGAUGGAGUUUAUUGAAAAACAAAUUGAAAAAACGAAAAGUAAAGAUGGCACACAAGAGGAUGAAACAGAAAAAUAUACCGAACUACGUCGAGAAGAAGAACAGCCACUGAAAUUGGAUAUUAGACUGGAAAAAAAAUUCAAUCCGGACACAAAAUUAGGACCAUCCGCCUUGAUAUUAAAACGGCCAAAAAUAGAAACUUGUACCGAUAACGAUUCAGAAGGGGAGGAGUCCGAUGAAAUAGAAG